AUGUCAGUACAGAUGACCAGAUACAAACAGGCGCAGUUUGCCGAUGAGGACAACAGCAGCAUCGGAUCGAUACAGAUCAACGAGACGACACGCAGCCCUACGAUGCACAUCCGGUACCAUGCGGCCCGCGGAACGUCGCUUUGGAAUGCCCGGAGCAAGCUGGAGAAGGUGCUGAUCCUGCUGUUGGCGUUCGCGAUCGUGCUGAUCGUGGUGCUGAGCAGCUUGCUGGCGAACGACACGACGCGCAUUCUUCACGUACGCCCUCACGUGGGGUCGGAUAAAGACCCCUUCGGUGUGGAGGAGCAGACGCCCUGCCUGAACCAGCACUGCAUCUUUGCGGCCAGCGAAAUUCUGCACUCAAUCGACUGGAGCGUCGAUCCAUGCGAUGACUUCUACGCAUUCUCGUGCAACCAGUGGAUCAAGAAUAACCCCAUUCCGGAUGGGAAAUCGAUGUGGGGCUUGUUCGGGAAGCUCGAGCAGCAGAACCAGCUGGUGCUGAAGAACGCACUGGAGCGUCCGCUGGCCGAGUUCAAGUCGAAGGCGGAGAAGAAAGCGAAGCUCUACUACCAGUCGUGCUUGGACGAGGAUGAGACCAUGGAGAAGCUCGGAGCGGAACCGUUGCAGAAUCUGCUGCGGCAGAUUGGCGGUUGGAAUGUGACGGCUAAUGCUAGUGGAUUCGACGUCAGCCGGUGGUCGCUUCAGAAGACGUUGCAGACGCUUCAGAUCAAGUACAAUAUGGGUGGACUGUUUGGUUGGGCCGUCGGUGAGGAUGAUCGGAAUUCCAGUAAGCAUAUCAUACAGAUCGAUCAAGGAGGACUCACGCUUCCAUCGAGAGAUCACUAUCUGAACAAAACCGCCAACGCAAAGAUACUGACGGCUUAUCUGGAGUACAUGACCAAGGUGUCGGUGUUGUUGGGAGCGGAUGCAACCGAUGCCCGGCGGCAGAUGGUGCAAGUUAUCGAGUUCGAGACACUCCUGGCGAAUAUAACCACACCGCAGGAUAUGCGCCGAGACGAGGAAACGCUGUACCACCCGAUGUCGCUGACCGAGCUGCAGGAGAAGGCACCGUUCAUCAACUGGCAGGAGCACUUCGAGGAGGCGUUCCGGUUGGUGCGACGAAAGAUAACCGAGAAGGAACGGGUGGUGGUGUACGCUCCCGAAUACCUGGAGAAGCUGAACGUGUUGAUGAAGGAGUACACGGCUACGGAUGAAAAGAAGACCAUUUUAAAUAACUAUCUGGUGUGGCAGACGGUACGAACACUCACCGCUUGCCUUUCGAAGGCUUUCCGGGACGCGUACAAGGGCCUCCGGAAGGCGAUGAUGGGCUCGGAUGGGGGCGAGGAGCUCUGGCGCUAUUGCGUGUCGGACACGAGUAACGUACUGGGAUUUGCCGUUGGAGCGAUGUUCGUGCGGGACGUAUUUCACGGUGACUCGAAACCACAGGCCGAGGACAUGAUCAACCAGGUGCGGGAUGCGUUCAAGGAUAACUUCAAGAACCUCGCUUGGAUGGACUCGGAAACGAGACGGUUGGCGGUGGAGAAAGCGGACGCGAUUAGCGAUAUGAUAGGUUUCCCUGACUACAUAUUGUACGCGGAAGAGUUGGACCGAAAGUAUCACGAGCUAAAGAUCGAACCGACGAAGUACUUCGAAAACAACAUCAACUAUAAUGUGUAUAGUCUGAAGAAGAACCUGGAGAAGCUGGAUCAACCGGUCAACAAGACAAAGUGGGGCAUGACACCGCCGACGGUGAACGCGUACUACACGCCGACGAAGAACCAAAUCGUGUUCCCGGCCGGCAUCCUACAGAAUCCGUUCUUUGAUAUUAAAAACUCGAAGAGCCUUAACUACGGAGCGAUGGGUGUGGUGAUGGGGCACGAGUUGACGCACGCUUUCGAUGACCAGGGCCGGGAGUACGACAAGUACGGUAAUCUGCAUCAGUGGUGGAACAAUCACACGAUCGAGCUGUUUAAGAACCAGACGGAGUGCUUCAAUCAGCAGUACAGCGCAUACCGGAUCAACGGGAAGCCCAUUAACGGGAAGCAGACGAUGGGCGAAAACAUUGCCGACAACGGUGGUCUCAAGGCGGCUUUCCAUGCGUACGUCAACAACGAGCGCACGAGCUACACCGACACCGACACCCUGCCUCUACCGGGGGUCAAUAUGACCCACCGGCAGCUGUUCUUCGUUUCGUUCGCCCAGGUAUGGUGCUCGUCCGUCACCGAUGAAACAACCACGCUGCAGAUCGAAAAGGACGCACACUCCCCGCCAAAGUACCGUGUCAUAGGUCCACUGUCGAACUUGCGCGAGUUCUCCGAAACGUUCAGCUGUCCGCUCGGUUCGAGAAUGAACCCGUUCGAGAAGUGCGAAGUGUGGUAG